UACAAACUAAAAAGAUGUUUACGGAAUUCUUUAUAUUUUUCGCCAGUGUUGCAGUUCUCUUUUAUAUCUGGCAGAAGCGAUUUUAUAGCUUUUGGCAACGUAAUGGAGUGAAAUCAAUUAAGCCAGAGCCAAUUUUUGGAAAUAUACGCAGUUUUCUUACUGGGAAAAUUCCUUUCUUUGAACAAAUUAGUUUGUUCCACACAGCCAAAGGAUUUGAGAAUGAGCCAUUAAUAGGAGUUUACUUCCUGAAGGGUCCUGGCGUAAUUGUGCGGGAUCUCGACCUAGUUAAGACUGUGAUGAUCAAGAAGUUCAACUAUUUUGUGAAUCGAGCUAUGAAAACAGAUCCAAUUCACGAUUCACUUGGCUACAAUAAUCUCUUACUAUCCCGAAGUCCAGAUUGGAAAGGUCUCAGGAAUAAAAUCUCUCCUGUCUUUACCAGUGGUAAAAUAAAGCAAAUGUAUCCGCUGAUGGUGGAUAUUGGUAAGGAUCUAGAAGAGAACUUAGCGAAAAUGCCCGAUAAUUCUGUUGUUCGCAUUAAGGAUAAAUGUGCUCGGUUUACCAUUGAUCUUGUAGCGAGUAUUGCUUUUGGAAUCAAGGCUAAUGCCUUGAAAAUUGAUAAUAGCGAGUUCUUUAAGGUUAACACAGAAUUCUUUAAGCUCAGCUUAAAAACGCUUUUGGAUAGUUUUUGUAUUUUUCUACUACCAUCAUUGGCUUCUCUGGUUCAUGCCAAAAUGUUUCCAAAACCGACCAGAGAUUUCUUUAUUCGUACAAUAUCCUACGUUUUAGAUGAGCGUGAGAAGUCUGGAAACCAACGCAAUGAUCUAGUCGAUGUUCUACUGGCUAUGAAACGAGAGACUCAAUCUCAAAAAAAUGAGUUUAAUAAUAAAGAUUUGGAGUUUUUGGUUGCCCAAGCUGCUCUAUUUCAGACAGCUGGAUUUGAGACAAGUUCAUCUACCAUGACAAUGACGCUCUUUGAGUUAGUACACAAUACUGCGAUCCAAGAUCGACUUCGCUCGGAGAUAAAGGAAUACUUCGGGGAUGAGGACCACAUCAGCUAUGAACGUUUGCAGGAAAUGCCUUAUCUUUGUCAAGUUGUCAAUGAGACUUUGAGAAAGUAUCCUAUCGCUGGCUACGUUGAACGAGAAUGCGCCCAACCCAAGUCGGGGGAAAAGUUUACACUACAACCUUACUACGACCUGGAGGUACCAAAUGGCAUGCCUUUUUAUGUCUCAACUUUGGCGAUACAACGAGAUGAAAAGUACUGGCCAGAUCCUGAGAAAUAUGAUCCAGAUCGUUUCGCGCCAGAAAACCGUGACAAGCUCAACAUGGAUGCCUAUAUGCCUUUUGGUAUCGGUCCCCGCAACUGCAUUGGCAUGAGACUUGGACUUCUGCAGGCUAAACUAGGUUUAGUUCACUUGUUGCGCAAACACAGUGUGAGCAAAUGUAAUGAGACCGUUGACUCCUUUAAAUUUGAGGUGAAAAGUCCUCUUAUGGCAAGCAAUGUGGACAUCUAUGUACGACUGCAAAAGGAUUGAUAUGUAAAGAAGUGUUUUUGAAUUGAAGAUUACUUUUGCAAUAAAUUUACUUAAUGAGCAGCAGUUGUCCAAUGUGCAAAUUGUUAUUGCUUUU